UCUCUGACUAGUAAGCAGAAAGACGUGAGAUCAGCUGUUGUAAACAAACCAUUGCACGUGUAGUGUUCAGCUCAAACAUAUUUAAUUUGUGUUAAGUAGAAAAUAUGCCAGAAAUCGAAGGAUAUAAAGUGGUACCACUGCGACUUAGUGCAGAUCGGCCUUUGGAACUGUGUCAUCAAAUUUACAUGCGUGAACACUUCAUACGUCUUGAAGAUACAGAUAAACCAAAAGGCCGCACACUCUUCCUGCUGAAUGUACCGCCCUACGUAACGGAACAGAGUCUUGGCACUUUCUUUCGUACCAAAGUGGAUAUUCCAAAUAAAGUAAGUUUUGCCGAACGACCUGGACGAAAUGAAAGUGAAAAAUGGCAACAACACUAUAUACCAUUCAGCAGUCCAACAGCACCAUUUAAAUUUAAAGUUGCGUAUGUUGUUUUUCAUAAAAACACUGGCGUAAAACGGGCUCUGCAAUUAGACAGCAUUGAUUUAUUUAAUAGUGAUGGUAAUUGUGUGCUGGAAUCCGGUAUGCAAUUGUGGCAUCUUCAAUAUCAGAAACAUAUCUUGAAUGAAAAGGAACUACAGGCGCGUAUUGAUAAGUAUAUGGAAAGCUAUGAUAAACGUGAACAAGAAGCAUUAGAAGCGGCUAAGAACUCCGAAGCAGAUGCUGAAGGUUGGGUUACCGUGGGCAAGCAAGGUCGGAAUGCCGGUUUCGAGCAGAAAGAAUCAGUUGUUGGACGUUUAGAGGAGAAAAUAGUGCGUGGCAAGAAAAAGAAGGAAUUAGAAAACUUCUACACAUUCCAAAUACGUGAAUCCAAGAUGAAGAACAUAGUUGAGUUGCGCAAAAAGUUCGAAGAAGACAAGCAAAAAAUUGAAGCGCUUAAAAAGACAAGGCGUUUUAGACCUUUUUAACCUACAUAGUUUUAAGAACUCAUUUCUUCUAGUUAAAAGCUCUUAUUUAAAAUUUAUAAUUUUUAUUUGCAAAAAAGU